GCGUCAGGGCCCUUCGCGAUGGCGGAACAGGAAGUCGAGGAGAGGAGGGGCGGGGCCACGUCGAGGGAGGAGACUGCUGCGAAGCGAGUCGCGUCCUCCGCUGGGGCGGCUGCCGAACCGGACCGCGCCGGGCUGACCGCCUCGGGGUGUCGUCGUUAACGUUCGUUCCGCCGCCAACCUUGUCAUGCCGCUCUUCGCCCCCAACCCCUUCGAGCAGGAUGUGGAAAAGGCUACAAAUGAGUACAACACUGUUGAAGACUGGUCGGUUAUUAUGGAUAUAUGUGACAAGGUUGGAAGCACUCCUAAUGGAGCAAAAGACUGCCUCAAAGCCAUUUUAAAGAGAGUAAAUCAUAAAGUACCCCAUGUUGCACUGCAGGCACUAACUCUGUUGGGAGCCUGUGUUUCAAACUGUGGAAAGAUUUUCCACUUAGAAAUCUGCUCACGUGAUUUUGCCAGCGAAGUGCGUGUCAUAAUAAACAAGGCACAUCCUAAAGUAUGUGACAAAUUAAAAGCAUUAAUGGUAGAAUGGUCAGAAGAAUUUCAGAAAGACCCCCAGUUUAGCUUAAUAUCAGCCACGAUUAAAUCUCUUAAGGAAGAAGGGAUUGUAUUUCCUACAACUGGGUCACAGAGUCCCUCGGCUGCUGCCAAGAAUGGUGCAUCAUCAAGCAAAAACAAAGAAGAAGAAGAUAUAGCUAAAGCUAUUGAAUUAUCUUUGCAAGAACAGAAACAGCAGCAAACUGAGACCAAAUCUUUGUACCCAUCUGUAGACGUUCAACAUAACAAUCAAAAACUCUCAAGAAAGGUGCGAGCCUUGUAUGACUUCGAGGCAGUCGAGGAUAAUGAACUUACCUUUAAGAGUGGUGAUAUUAUUAUUGUUUUGGAUGACAGGUAUGUUUGUACUUUGUGACUUAACUGUUUUGGAUAAAUUGGGUCCUUCUGAGCUAGAUGAAGGUUCGAAGAGAAAAAAAAUAGGCAUUGCUAAGAGCUGUUUCUCAUUAGUUUCAUUGUUUCUCAUUAGUUUCCUAAUGCAUAGGAUCUCAUCAACAUUUUUAUUACCAUAGAUUUCCCCACCCUUACAUCCUUCAGAUGUGUUGGGAUUCUAGCUCUCAGAAUCCUUGGAGUUACAGUCCCAGUACAUAUUGAAUACAUUAGAUUGGGAAGAUGGCAUAUACCAUUUUUGAAUCUUGUAAAAAUGAAAUGAGAGCCAGUUUGGUGUAGUGGUGAAGGCAUUAGGCUAGAA